ACAAGGGUAUUUAGAGGGUGGUGGUGUCCUAUGACACGUGACGUGGUGCGCUCUCGCUGCUCACCUGGCGAGUCCCAAGACACGUGACCAGCUCCAGGUGUGCGUGUGUGUGCGCGUUGAGGCGGCGCCUGCCAGGAGGCGUGGUCAACAACGCUCGAGCCGCCGAACGGAAAUUAAAAUAAACAAACGUAACAAGCGGAGAGUCGGCACUGAAGGACGGCAACUCCAGCGUGGGAAUGGCGUCUUCCAACAACUCGAGCGCGGUGCUGCUACAGGCGUCCAAGACCAAGACGAAGAAAAAGCAUUUUGUCCAGCAGAAGGUGAAGGUGUUCCGGUCGAGUGAUCCUCUGCUUAGUGUGUUCAUGUGGGGUGUGAGCCACUCGAUCAACGAGCUUAACCAGGUUCCAGUGCCUGUGAUGCUGCUGCCUGACGACUUUAAGGCCAACAGCAAGAUCAAAGUGAACAACCAUCUUUUCAAUAAGGAGAACCUCCCUGGGCACUUCAAGUUUAAGGAGUACUGUCCCCAGGUCUUCAGAAAUCUCAGAGAACGCUUUGAAAUCGAUGACCAGGAUUACCAGGCCUCCCUGAUACGUUGCCCCCCCUUUUCUGCCUCUAAUGGCCACGGAGAGGGGCUGUUCCUCACGUCCUUUGACAAGACCCUGGUGAUUAAGCAGAUUUCCAGUGAAGACGUGGCUGACAUGCACAGCAUCCUGUCUGACUAUCAUCAGCACAUCGUCAAAUGUCACGGCAGUACCUUGCUGCCCCAGUUCCUGGGUAUGUACCGUGUGACCGUGGACAGCGAGGACACCUACAUGCUGGUCAUGAGGAACAUGUUUAGUCAUCGGCUUACUGUGCACCGAAAGUAUGAUCUCAAGGGCUCCCUGGUAUCCCGUGAAGCAAGUGACAAGGAAAAGGGUAAGGACCUACCAACGCUGAAAGACGUAGAUUUCCGAAACAUGAGCCAGAAAGUGUACGUCACCGAGGAGCAAAAGGCAAAAUUCAUGGAGAAGCUCAGCAGGGAUGUGGAGUUCCUCGUCCACCUGAAGAUCAUGGACUACAGCCUACUGCUGGGAAUCCAUGAUGUACACCGGGCAGAGCAGGAAGAGGAAGGCGAGCAGGGCAGUGAGGAGGCAGCGGGUGAGGCAGAGAAUGGCAUCGGUUCCCAUGGCAACUCCCCGGAAGGGAUUGGCAGCAGCUACCUGGGCUCCCAUAAGCCCCUGGGUCCUGGGGAGUUCGACCCUUACAUUGAUGUGUAUGCAGUCCAGAGCAGCCCAGGGGCCCCAAACAAGGAGGUGUAUUUCAUGGGUUUAAUUGACAUCCUCACCCAAUACGACGCUAAGAAGAAAGCGGCCCACGCUGCCAAGACGGUCAAGCAUGGGGCUGGUGCCCAGAUUUCUACCAUCCACCCAGAGCAGUAUGCGAAGCGCUUCAAAGACUUCAUCGCCAACAUCUUCUCCUAGGCUGAAUGUCGCAAGAGCCUUGGCACGCAAAACCUCCUCCUCUUCCCCAGCUUGUAAAUUAAAUUAAACUUUUAUUUAAAAACG